AUGGUAUUGAAAAUCGAGGAGCCAUUCUUGUUGGCAGUUCGAGAGACGUUACAGGACCGUUACACAGAGAACAUGGAUGCGAUCUACAGGAAAACGGUGAAAUUCAUCAUCGAGACAUUGAUCAAAGGAUACGAAGAAGGAGAAAGGGAAGAAAGAGAAGGCGUCGCCAGUGUCUCCAACUGGCAUCCGAGUGAAUCUCAAAACCACGUUUCAUCCGAGAAAGAUCAAGGGAAUGGCAGCAGGACACCCUGUCCCGCUUCAUACCGCUCAAGUGUACCUGAGGAGGAAAGAAGUGGGAAGAAAGAGCUCAAAGACGCUCCUCCCAUCUAGCGGAGACCCUUGGAAUCGCCAAGUGAGGCCUCCAUUCCAAGGGGAGCGCGAAUCAUCACCGAUUCAAGAUUUGAUCUUAGGAAUGUACCGUAAAACUUUCACAACGAUGCAUUCUGUAUUUUACUCUAGUUUGUGCUUUUCGCAUGAGGGC